AUGACAAUAUGGUCCCUCUUCUAUCAUACAGAACGCGCUGAGAUAGAUGAAGAAUCUUAUUCACAUAUGUUGAUCAUUGUUGAGCAUUAUUACAUUUUGAAGAUGGAUAAUAGUAACUCUUCUCCGCUUGAAAAUCCAACACCGGCAUUCAAAAAACAGUAUAUUCAAGAAAUUAAUAAAAGAAGAAAAUUAAAAGGUACAAAACCUAAAUUUGUUAUAUCAUCGUCUCAAGUACAACAAACCUGUAAUGAUGAACAAGUGCAUCAAUCUCAAAUAAUAACUACAAUAAAACAUUUACAAAUGUUAAUACUUAGUUGCCUAGAUAAAACAGCAUUUCAAUAUAUGGCAAGUUGGUGUCGCGUAUUACGUAUUCAAAAAGUUCAACAAAUUUUCGUUGUUGUUCUCAAUGGUGUGUCAGAUGAAUAUUAUUUGAAAAAUUUGAAUGUAUUUGUUCCAUUCAAACAAUUAUUUACAUCUGAUGAUAUUUGUCAAACGUUUCGUUUUCUAACAUUACCAAAUAUGUCAUUUUUACAACAAAUGUUAAAAAUGCCUGCAAAAAAACGAAUAGAUCAAGUUGAAGAACGAUCAUCGUCUACAAGUAGAAAUGUUCAAACAACUAGUAUGAAACGUUCAUAUGAUGACAGUGAUAUGAUCAAAAAUCAACAAGAAAAUAAAAUAUUGAAGUUAGGAGAAAAAGAUGAAUAUUCACGUGUAAAAUUAUUAUUGAAUUUAAAACAGAUGCUAUGUGGAAAUUAUCCAUGUCCAAUAUUAAAUCAAUUUCAAACGUAUAAGCGUACUAAACAACUAUAUCAACCAGUUACAGAUAAAAGUCCGAUAUUUGCUGUGGAUGUUGAAACAAUAAUUUUAAAUGAUCUUCAAGUUCCCUAUUGGAUGUCAAUUGUUGAUGAAAAUUUAGAAUGUUGUUAUCAAGCGUUAAUUAAACCAUUAAAUAAAAAUUCUAAUUCAAAAUAUGAAGACGAAAAAAGACGUGUACAAUCAAUGUUACCCAAUAUAUAUGAAAAAACAUUACAUGAAGUACAACAUGAUUUAUCAAUACAUUUACCUGACGAUGCUAUAUUAACUGGACACAGUAUUGAAAACGAUCUCAAAUACUUGCAGAUUUAUCAUCCUUAUUUAAUUGACACAAGUAUCAUUUAUAAUGUAAGCGGACUUCGUUUACAUAAAUCAAGUUUACAACAAUUGUACGCUAUAUAUUUCGGACAAAUAAUUCAAGGACAGAUUGAUCAUGAUCCUACUGAAGAUGCACGUGCUACAAUGGCUUUAGUGAAAUUAAAACUUAGUAAAGAUAUUCGUUUUGGUGACUGGUUUCUUGGUGGUGUUGAUCAACUGACCGUUGUUGGACAAUAUGAUAAGUUAGUAUUAAAUGAAAAUGAAGAAAAAUGUCAACAAUUUAUGACAAAUACCAAAUUUGGAUUACAAGAUAACUUUUUUGAUAAAGUUAAAUCACAUAAGGGUAAAGUUGUGAGAUUUUAUGAGUCUACCACAGAUGCGGGAUAUGCUAAUGAACAUUUUGACCUAUUUUUCAAGUCUCUUUGA